AUGAUUGCUGCGAUUGUCAUCACCUCGUUGUGUUUCUGCUCACUCCAUCCUACUUUUGGACAGGACUGUCCCAGUAGACAGGAAAUACAGGGCUCUCUGAAGCAGGUCCAGAAGCUUCUCUCAACCCAUGAAGCCUCGUACUUGCAGAGCCUUCGCAACCUGAAGAAGAAAAUAAACCUGUUGCUGAGCAGCGCUGGGAAGCAGACAACACGAUCCAUCAACAGUACUUGCCCAAGACUGGACGCACCCAUCAAUGGGAGGAAACUUGGCAAGUUACACAGCGUGGGCCAUGAGGUUCACAUUUUGUGUGACCCUGGUUAUGAACUUGUGGGAUCAGAGAGCAGGGUUUGUCAGGAAAGCUUGACCUGGAGCGGCCAGCAGCCUACCUGCCGAGACAUCAAUGAGUGUGCGUCCUCUCCGUGCCUGAAUGGUGGGACAUGUGUGGAUGAAGUGAACCAGUUCUCUUGUGUCUGUGCCAAAGGCUGGGCUGGAGUGACCUGUCAGAGCCCCGUACCAACAUUCUUUGUCACCAUGACAAACACCUCUGCCGCCACCUCCCAAGGCACCGCCGCUGCUGCCACCCUGCCGGCUGCCACCAUGGGGCCUUUUGUUCGUCCAUCACGUUGCACUAUAAUGCAGGGGACCACCCACUGCACCUGUGAGCCGGGGUACACCAUCUCUGGCAGGGACAGCAACACCUGCACUGAUAUAGAUGAAUGUGAGCUGUUCCAUAAUGGUCAGGCUGGGAGACUGUGUUUACAUGCCUGUGUUAACACAGCUGGAGGCUACCGCUGUACCUGUCCUAUUGGAUACAAUGUGACUCGCGAUGGACGCAGCUGUAAAGAUAUUGAUGAGUGUGCCACCAGACAAAACAACUGCACAAAGGACCAAAUGUGCAUUAACACAUACGGUGGUUUCCAGUGUGUCCGUGUGGACUGCCCCAAAAUCCGUAAUGCUACAUAUGUCAAGACGUCGCCUAUGCGUUGUGAACGUAACCCCUGUCCUGUGGACAACAAGUCAUGUUCCCAGACCCCAAACUCCUUCUCCUACCAUUACCUGGCUGUCGUCUCCAACCUGUCAGCUCCUCGUGUCAUGUUCAGGGUCUCAGCAUUACGUCCAAUUGGCGACACACUUCGCUUCUCAAUGCUGGGGGGAAAGCAAGCUCGGCGCCACUUCACAGUCCAGCGUUCAGACCGUGUGACAGGUCAGCUGAUGCUGGUGAGCCCAGUGCAGGGCCCUGCCACACUGGAAGCAGAAGUGGAGAUGACCGAGCUAGAGAGACGAGUCCAGCUGGGGAGGUACAUCACAAAAGUCACCAUGUUUGUUUCCCAGUAUGAGUUCUAG